CAUUGCAGUUCUUGCCCCAUGGCAGAGAAAAUUCUGGAAUUUGAAGUCUUCGCUUGACUUUUUGGCGGCGUCAACGUGUUGCUUCCCCUUAGGUUGGAACGUGUUGUUGGUUACAUGAGUGCACGCUUCGUAAAUGUUGGCGUAUUAAUUCCGCUAAUUGGUUCAUUUUAAAAGUAUUGCCAUCGUAUCUCUCGUAUCCUGGUUAGCAUAUUAGCCUUAGCUACCAGGCUAACGUAGGCAGGCCCCGAGAAACGAAACCUUGGGAAUAGUUUGACUAUGCUACGUUGUUACAAGUUCGCCACUUUUAAAUAUUAGUUGACAAGUCAAUUUUCUUGUUUUCGAUUGAGUUUAUUUGCGAAUAUUCAUUUUCCCCCAAGUAUGGCAAAUGGCAGCAUUUAAGACUUGUCAUUCGUUUUAGUUGAAUGUGUUUCGUUUUUCCUAAGGUGUCAUUUUCGUUUUAGAUUUUGACAAACACUAAAGACGGCACAUAGCCGAUCAUUGCGAUCAAUUCACGGGGACAGUUUUGUGACACGUGUUUCUCUACAGCGUUUGAUUUAACGUUAAAAUAAAUGUCAAAUUAGGAUUUGGCCACUCCUUUGACUCUUUUCAUUUUAAAAGUUAUCAUCUCAAGGUAAACAUGGUGAAGGAAACGGGUUUCUAUGACACGUUGGGUGUAAAACCAAAUGCAACUCCCGAUGAACUAAAAAGGGCUUACCGCAAACUUGCUUUAAAAUAUCAUCCGGACAAAAAUCCGACAGAAGGCGAGAAGUUCAAACAAAUCUCACAAGCAUACGAGGUCUUGUCAGAUGCCAAGAAAAGGGAGAUUUAUGACCGUGGAGGAGAAAAGGCCAUAAAGGAAGGUGGACCAGGUGGUGGCAGUGGAGGAGGAAGCUUUGCAUCACCGAUUGACAUCUUUGACUUGUUUUUUGGAGGCGGGAGUCGGAUGCACAGAGAAAGAAAAGGCAAAAACAUAGUUCAUCAGAUUUCAGUAACACUGGAAGAUCUUUAUAAUGGAGUCACAAGGAAACUCUCAGUCCAGAAGAAUAUGGUGUGUGAGAGAUGUGAAGGUCGCGGCAGUCGUAAAGGGGCAGCCCAGAUGUGCAUGUCGUGCCACGGUACAGGCAUUCAGGUGCGUGUACACCAGCUGGUCCCAGGUAUGGUCCAGCAGGUGUCCACAGUGUGCCACGGCUGUCAUGGCCAAGGACAGCGAAUCAGCCAAAAGGACCGCUGCAAAGCGUGCGCGGGUCGGAAGAUCCUGCGUCAGAAGAAGAUUCUGGAGGUCCAUAUUGACAAGGGAAUGAGAGAUGGUCAGAAGAUAGUGUUCCAUGGGGAGGGAGACCAAGAACCAGGCCUUGAGCCAGGUGACAUCAUCAUUGUCCUGGACCAGCAAGAGCAUCCACGUUUCACCAGGAAAGGAGAGGAUUUGACCAUGUGUAUGGAGUUACAACUGGUGGAAGCUUUAUGCGGUUUCCAGAAGCCUGUCCAGACACUUGACAACCGAACUCUCCUUGUCACCUCCCAUCCAGGGGAACUGAUCAAACCCGGUGAGACAAAGUGCGUAUGGAAUGAGGGGAUGCCAAUGCACCGUCGGCCAUUUGAGAAAGGCAGACUCAUUAUUCACUUUUCGGUGGUGUUUCCCAAAUCCAAUUUCCUCCCAAAUGAGAAGUUGAAGGAGCUUGAGAGUUACCUUCCAGUGAAAGUGGGCGCGGAGCAACCUGAGAGCAUGGACGACGACCUCUACAUCUACGCUGACCUUGAAGACUGUGACCUCAGCAACAGGAAACGGCACAGGCAUCAGCACUACUACAUGGAUGAAGAUGACUAUGCCAGCACCGGAGGUGUUCAGUGCCAGACGUCUUAAACAAAAACAACCUUACAUUCCAUGAUCUAAAAUUAAGCGCCUUUUUAGAGAUCUCAUGCACUUUUUUUUUCUUUUGUUACUUUUCUCAAAUUGAGGUGAACCACAAAACUGUUGAUUGUGACCAUUUUUUUGGAAUUGAUCUGAUGGACUUCGUUGUUGCUGCUACCAUGUGACAAAAGGUAGAGGGCAAAGAAAGUUCUGUGUUUCCCGGUAAUUUCAUAAUGCAGGAGCAUUUGUUCAUGUAAAAUGCCAAUACAAGAAUUACCUUUUAUAGUGUUAUUGAAUCACUUGCUGUUGUGAACAUCUUGUCAAUUACCUGUUCAAUCCUGUGUGUGUUUAAAUUGGAGUGUGCAUGCUGACUUUAUUUUAAUACAUUUCUGCUAUUUUACCCUUUUCAAAGGGCUAUUUUCUAAACAUUUCUUAAUCUAGAAACUGACAAAACCAAGAAAUACUAUAUCUUUUAACUAGUUUACUGGAAUUUUGAUGGUUAACAGGAGUUACAUGAUAAUUUACUGCCAUGUCAAUUGUGAUUUUUGUACGCACGCUUAAAGGGGAAAGAUUUUUUAAUGGAGAGAAAAAAGCCAGGCUUUCUAUUGUUCCAUGAGUUUAGGUUUCUGACAUUUUAGUUUAGUUUUUUUUUUUUUUUUU